AUGGCGUCUCCGAAGGUUCUGCCUCCUUCUACGAUCCAGAAACUGGCGACCUUCAAGGACAAGCCCUCUGGGAGCCCUCCGCCACCUUCGUUCGCCGCCACCCGCGGGUCAUCGCCGCUUGAUUCUUUCGUGGCGGAUCCCGUGUUCUCCGCAUUUUUGUCCCCGGAUUUCGACUCCUCCCGGUUCUGCUCCCAGGCCCUCACGUCCAACUCCGCCGCCGCCCGCGCGGAGCACCUCCAGGAUGGGAUUCGCCAGCUGGAGCAGCAGCUCCGAUCUGAGGUCCUCUCCCGCCACGACGAUCUCCUGUCUCAGCUGUCCUCCCUGCGGGACGCCGAGUCCGCCCUCUCCACGGUCCGCUCCGGGGUCUCCUCCCUCCAGUCCUCUCUCCGGCGGGUGCGGCUCGAGAUCAGCGAUCCCCGCCGCCAGCUGCAGUCGCACACUUUGCAGCUUUCGAACCUUCACCACACCGCCAACCUACUUCAGUCCACGUUCAAGCUGCUGCGGCAGUCAAGGAGACUCCGAGAUCUGAUGGCCACCGGGUUGGAGCAUCCGGAGAGGCUGGAUCUGGCCAAGGCGGCCGAGAUGCACCGCGAGAUUGAGCUCAUCCAUGAGGAAUGCGGGUUGAAAGGCAUCUCCGCUGUCGAUGAGGAGAUGAAAUGGUUGUCAGAGAUCGGGAUCAAGUUGAGAUCGGAGGCGAUGCGGGCAGUGGAGAGGGGGAUGGAGGAGUCAAACCCUAAUGACAUAUGGUGUGGACUUCAGGUGUUCUACAAUCUCGGGGAAUUGAGGUCAACCGUGGAUGCACUGGUUAACAAGUACAAGGGUCUGGGCAUCAAGAGCGUCAGUACAGCCUUAGACAUGAAGGCUAUCUCAGCUUCCACGGCAGGAGGUUCUGGUCCUGGUGGAGUCCAGCGGAGUGGAACGCCGCAGAUUGGAAGCGGGAAGAGGGCUGGAGAAGCACUGUGGGAGAGGAUGGGCAAGUCUAUGGAGGAGCUACACAAGGUGGUUACGGCUGUCUGGCAGCUGCAAACUGUGCUGUCAAGGAAGCGUGUUCCUUUCACCCAUGUCUCCUUCCUACACGAAGUUUGGGAGGUGAGAGCUCUGACUAUUAUAAGCAUUUUUGCCUUCUGCUGCAGAUAUGAAUUUCGAAGUCUAGUUGAUUGACCCUCCAUCUUAACUCUUUUCUUGUUGUUGGAAUCUCUGGAGUUAUUCUUUAUCAUUUACCUUCGUUGGUUUACUGUCUCUAGAACUUUUCGCAUCAUGGAAUAUUUAUUUUUACUAUUUAAAGAUCUUGAUUAUUCGUCUAUGGAAUCAGGCUAGCAUAUUGGUAUUUGAAAAAUUAUAUUUUUGUGUUACUGUUUAAAAUAUAUUAACUAUGAAAGAUAAAUUUGAUCAUAUAUCCUUCAGAAACUUCGUUUGGAAUUUUUUUCCUAGUGUUGGAAAAAUCAUACGAUGUUUUAGAGAAUUUUAUUUCAUCCUCUGCUUUCUUAUUGCGAUUCUUUGUCUGAAGUAUGGACAUAUUAUCCUAUUGUGCGGCCUUGGAAAGGGGUCGUGGAACCAUUCAAUUAAGUACGAUGUUUUAAAAUCUCAAAAUUUUUGAAGCUGAGAUUUCGUAAAGAGUUAACAUUGAAGUAUAUCAUUCAUCUAGUGUGUGUAGCAAUAGUCUUUGAGUUAGGAACCUGACUUAGGAACUUCAAGAAAGAUGCAAACAUUCUGAAGAAAUUUGAUGAUUUUCGUUGGAGUAUGCUCGAAAUGUGGAUUAAAGAAUUUUAUUUCGUCCUCUGCUUCCUUAUUGGUAUUCUUUGUCUUAUGGACAUAGUGUCCUUUUCUGCGGGCUUGGAAAAGGAGUCAUGGAACCAUUGAAUGAAAUCAAUGAACAGUACACUGGGGGAUGAAAACUGUGUACAAUGUCUUAAUCGGGCCUUUUUCUCUGUGUUAGGUAAGAGAACAACGUAUCCUAGGCAUAAAAAUGGACAGGAAAGAGUUAUUUGGAUGUAAGCGAAGUCUGAUGAAUGCAGAGAGCAACUCAAAUGUUGGAGGGCUCUCGAAAGUGAUAAGAUUUGCAUGGAUUUAUUUACGAUGCCUUGCUAGUCGUACAUACAUGACACCCUUAUAUUUGGCAAUUAGGUUGGAGGAAUGAAAGAUAGUUACAUGGCAUGUUAAUUCAGGAAUCCGGGAUUCAGUUUUAAAUGUCAAGCCACACGCCUGAUGGAAUGUUUUGUUUUUUUGUAGUUCUUAGGAAAUACUUUGCAUUCCAGCUUUCAAAAACUAUAUGCAAUACGACAGUAUCUUUUUACUGUCAUCAUAGUAUAAGUUCUUUCCUACAGAGAAGAUUAGUUUUCCGUUUUCCUCUGAGAACUUCUAGGUUACGCCAUUCAAGGGGACUUGAAUUCUCUGAACUUUAUCAAGUAUGUAUGGACGAACUGUGUCCAUCCAUCUGGCUACGUCUAGUUCAACAGGACUUUCAUACAUAGUUAAUUUGACGAUGCAUCAAAAUUGUAGCGAUUGUUAGAGAAAAUCGCCAAGAAAAAGGUCGAACAGGGCAAGAUAAUUUUGAGCUUAAACUCAAAAGGAAAAAAAACAAGCCAUGCUGGAAGUUUUUGGGCAGUGUCCUCGGAGGCUUGUGAUCUAUUGUUUACAAUGCUAUUCAAUGGUCCAGAGGAUUGGGCAUUAGAAAUAAUUAAAGGUUUGGGAUGCGGAAUUAUGGUGCUCAGAAUCAGACUCAGAGGCCAGAGCAGUUCCGGGCUCCAAACCAGAGCAACGAAGAGUAAUCGGGCCCAAUUCUCAAAUCAGCUGAUUUCUGGCUUAUCCAUCAAUAGUUGAGUAAUUUCAGGACAAUGCCCUAAUUGGAAUCGAAGUUGGCUGCUUCCAGCCAUCAAUGUUUUGCAAGGGAUUCAAGAAAGGAAGAACAUUUUUUUCCAAAUGGGUUUUCUGUUUUUCAUUUAUUUUCCCACUGGAUGAAUUCGGUGACCAGUUUCUGGUUGGUCUUGUGUUACAUAUCCUGUUUUCCUUAUGUUUAUGUGUUUUGAUCCUGUUGUUUUAAUACGCUGUAUCGUUUUUCAGUCUUUGAAAACUUUAUAUAAUUUUUAUUGUCUUAUAUAAGUAUUAUGAUCGAUAGAAGAAUGAUGACAUACGUUGAUAUUUCAUUCUUUAUGAAAAUUUUAUGUGGACAUCUGUUCUUGAUUCACCUCUUCUCUCUUCUUCGGGCCCAUCUGUAUUGCCACGUGUAUCUCUUCUUCUCUCUUCUUCUUAAGGCCACAUGCAUGGUCUAGAUCAUGCACAUUUAUCAAAACCUUUCUCGAAGUUUAUUUCUUCAUCGUUCUUCACCAUCCCAUAAUCUGUUCUUUAGAUUUAUUUUAUUUUAUUUUAUUUUCUAAAUGGGGGAAAAUCUCUCUCCAGGAGGGCAGUCCGCUGCUCACAGAUCGAGUAUGGGAAGCCGUCAUGAAGUCCUUUGCUAGGCAAAUGGAGUCCGCCUUCACCGCAUCCAGCUUCGUCAAGGAGGUGUUGACCAACGGGUACCCGAAGCUCUUCUCCAUGGUCGAGAACCUCCUCGAAAGAAUUCUGCGGGAUACGAAUGUCAAAGGUGUUCUUCCUGCUCUUAGCCCGGAGGGGAGAGAGCAGAUGGUCAACGCCAUUGGGGCAUUCCAGAUGGCUUUUCUGGGCAGCUGUUUGAGGCGGUUAUCGGCAUAUGUCAACAACAUAUUUCCCAUGAACAGCCGGGGAACCAUCCCCAGCAAGGACCAGAUCUCCAGAAUCGUAUCCCUCAUCCAGGAGGAGAUAGAGGCUGUCAGAUUCCAUGGCCCUUUGAUGCUUCUGGUUCUUCACGAGGUCAACAAGGUCUUGCUCCUUUUGGCUGAAAGGGUUGAAUAUCAGGUACAACAUUGCUUUUCUUUCCCUUUUUUUUCUAACGUAAAUAUAAUUUUCGCCGUUUUUUUUUUUCUAUGUUCUCUCUUUCUCCUUGAUUUUUAUUUAUUUAUUUAUUUGUUUAUUUAUGUACGUGGUUGAUCAUCUUCUGCAUGGUUGGUCGAAUUAAUCAGUCUCCAUUGUCGUCAGAUCUCCGCCGGAGCGGAAGCCCGGCAGGUGACCGGGCCGGCGACUGCUGCGCAGCUCAAGAACUUCGCCCUCUGCCACCACCUGCAGGAGGUCCACGCCGGCGUCUCCGCCGCCACCGCCGACCUGCCGGCUGCCGCUGCCGACGUGCUGUCCCCCUCCCUGGGCACCAUCUACGGCGUCGCCGGCGAGUCGGUGGCGCCGCUGUUCCAGGCCAUGCUCGACCGCCUCGAGUCCUCUAUCCUCAAAAUCCACGACCAGGACUUCGCCGGCGGCACGGCGGCGGAGGACGGCCCCUCAAGCUACAUCGAGGAGCUGCAGCGCAGCGCCGCCCACUUGCGAGCGGAGUUCCUCUCCCGCCUGCGCGGGGACUCGCUCUGCGCCGCGCUGGUGCGGCGCAUGGCCGUCCGCGUGCUCGUCUUCUUCGUCCGCCACGCCGCGCUGGUACGGCCGCUCUCGGAGGCCGGCAAGCUGCGGCUGGCGCGGGACAUGGCGGAGCUGGAGCUCGCCGUGGGGCAGAACCUCCUACCGGUGGAGCAGCUCGGCGCGCCGUACCGCGCGCUGCGCGCUCUGCGGCGGCUGAUCUUCCUCGACACGGCGCUCCUCGCGGGCUCGCCGCUGCUGCAGGAGCUUCCGGCGAGCGCCGUGCUGCACCACCUCUACUCGCGGGGCCCGCGCGGGCUUCAGUCGCCGGCGGAGAGGAGCGACCUCACGCCGCUGCAGUACUCGCUGUGGAUGGACUCCCACGGGGAGGAGCAGAUAUGGAAGGGCGUCAAGGCCACUGUCGACGGGUACCUCGCCGGCGCCGGAGAAGACCCCGUCUGCGCCCUCAUGCUACGUGUAGGGGCCGAAAUGGCGGCCCAUGAUGGGGCCCGCCCGCGGUCUAAUCUCGGCCGUUGA